AUGUCUUCAGACGACAAGAUCAACACCGCCUACAACAUUGACAUCAAGGCUCAAGACCAAACACCCGGAGCCGGUCUCGACAGCCAACUCGACCCUCCCGCCAACUGGACCCAACUCGAAUUCUGGGAUGACGAUGAAAACCCGCAUCUCGAAGAGUACGAAGGUAGAGGUCUUCUCAAGAACAAGACUGUUUUGAUUACCGGCGGCGACUCUGGAAUCGGUCGUUCGGUUGCCAUCUUGAUGGCUAGAGAGGGUGCCGACAUCACUAUUUGCUAUCUUCCCGAAGAGCAAGAAGAUGCAGACUGGACUCUUGAGCAGAUCAAGAAGGCAGGUCGUAAGGGCCAUGGUAUUGCACUCAAUCUUCGUGACGAUGGAAGCUGCAAGAAGGCUGUUGAGGAGCAUGUUCAAGUGCACGGCAAACUCAAUGUCCUCGUCAACAAUGCCAGUAUGCAAGAGGUUUGCGAAGAGCAUGCCGACAUCGACAUGGACGUCGUUCAAAAGACCUUCCAAACCAACAUCAUCCAAAUGAUGGCCAUGACAAAGUACGCCCUUAAACACAUGAAGCGAGGCUCUUCAAUCAUAAACUCUUGUUCCGUGGCGGGUUACAUGGGCAACCCAUCAAUGGUAGACUACAGCUCAACCAAGGGCGCCAUUGCCUCCUUCACCAGAUCGCUUGCUCAGCAACAAGCACCAAAGGGCAUUCGUGUCAAUGCCGUGGCCCCUGGUAUUAUUUGGACUCCUCUGCAAGCAGCGACAAAGGGCAACCCGCCGGAAGCUCUUCGCAGAAUUGGUGUUGCUGAGGCGCCGAUUCGCCGUCCUGGUAUGCCUGUGGAGGUCGCAACAGCCUAUGUCUUCCUCGCCAGCCCUUACGGCAGUUACUUCACUGGUGAGGCGCUACACGGUACCGGUGGUCUCGAAGUCCAAGGUUAA